AUGGAGAAGUUUGGGAUGAAUUUCGGGGGCGGACCGAGCAAGAAGGACCUGUUGGAAACCAUUGAGACGCAGAAGAAGCAGCUUCUCCAGUACCAGGCACGUCUCAAGGAUGUGGUCCGUGCCUAUAAAAGCUUACUGAAAGAGAAGGAGGCUCUAGAGGCCAGCAUUAAGGUGCUGUCGGUAUCCCAUGAGGCGGAUGUGGGCCUCACAGGUGUCCAGCCUCCAGGCCUCACUUUUCCUGACUCUGUAGAUGACCGAUGCUCCACUCACAGCGAGGAUAGCACUGGGACCGCCACCAGCUUGGAUACUGCGGCCAGUCUCACCAGCACCAAGGGUGAGUUUGGGGUAGAGGAUGACAGACUGGCUCGUGGACCACCACCUCCAAAGUCUGAAGAGGCCAACGGGUCGGAGAGUGGCGUCAGCAGUAGCAGUGGGGAUGGACCGUCUGGGGGUGGGGAAGUGGACAAACGACUGCACCAGCUGAAGACUCAGUUGGCUACUUUGACCAGCUCUUUGGCUACAGUCACCCAGGAGAAGUCUCGCAUGGAAGCGUCUUACCUGGCAGACAAGAAGAAGAUGAAACAGGACUUAGAGGAUGCCAGUAAAAAGGCAGAGGAGGAGAGGGGCCGUCUGGAGGGAGAAUUGAAGGGGCUGCAGGACCAGAUUGCAGAAACCAAAGCCCGGCUUAUCACCCAGCAGCAUGAUCGGGCCCAAGAGCAGAGUGAUCAUGCCUUGAUGCUUCGUGAGCUCCAGAAACUGCUGCAGGAGGAGAGGACCCAGCGCCAGGACUUGGAGCUUCGGCUAGAAGAGACCCGAGAAGCCCUGGCGGGGCGGGCAUAUGCAGCUGGUCAGAUGGAAGGGUUCGAACUGCAGACCAAGCAGCUGACCCGUGAGGUGGAGGACUUGAAAGGUGAGCUGCAGGCUCUUCGAGAUGAGAAGAAUCGGCCUGACCCUCGGCUGCAGGAGCUUCAGGAAGAGGCCGCCUUCCUGAAGAGCCAUUUCCAGGCUCAGUUGCAGCAGGAAAUGAGGAAGGCAGCCCUUGCAGAAGAUCAACUACGCCAGCAAUCUCAGGUGGAAGAACAGAGGGUGGCGGCCCUGGAGAAUCAAAUAUCCGAGGUGUCGGAACUGCUGGGCACCUAUGAGAAAGCCAAGCAGAAGGACCAGCUGGCCAUCCAGAAGCUAAAGGAGCGCAUUCUGCAGCUGGACCUGGAGAACAAGACCCUGGCUCUGGCAGCCUCCAGCCGGUCCCCUCUCGACGGCCAUGGAGAGGAGUCCAGUCUGGAUGUCAAUGUCCUGAAGGAUAAGAUGGAGAAGCUGAAGAGGCUGCUGCAGGUUGCAGCCAGGAAAAGCCAGGUGACCCUGGAUGUGGAGAAGCUCUGUGACCUGGAGAUAAUGCCCAGCUCCGAGGCUGCCGACGGGGAGAAGGCCUCUGUGCUCUACUACCAACAGGAGCUGAAACAGCUGAAGGAGGAGUUCGAGAGGUACAAGAUGAGGGCCCAGGUCGUCCUCAAGAGCAAGAACACCAAAGACGGUAAUCUGGCCAAGGAGCUGGAGGAAGCCCAGGAACAGCUUGCGGAACUGAAGGAGAAGUAUAUCUCCCUGCGGCUGUCCUGCGAGGAGCUCGAGCGCCAGCACCAGCAGGAGGCUGAGGACUGGAAGCAGGAGCUGGCCCGGCUGCAGCACCUCCACCGGCAGGAGCUGGAGCGCAGCCAGCUGGACUUCCGGGACCGCACGCUGAAGCUGGAGGAGGAGCUGCACAAGCAGCGGGACCGGGCCCUGGCCGUGCUGGCCGAGAAGGACUUGGAGCUGGAGCAGCUGCGCUCUGUGGCCUUGUCCUGCGGGCUGCCAGGGCGCAGGAGCCCCGUGGGUGGCGGGGGGCCCGGGGACCCGGCUGACGCGUCUUCCCCAGACAGCCUGACCCAGGCGCUGCAGCUGGCUGCGGCCAAUGAGCCCACUUUCUUCCUGUAUGCCGAGCAGUUGGCCCGCAAGGAGGUGGAGAUCACAUCGCUGAGGAAGCAGAGACACAGGCUGGAGGUCGAGGUGCAUCAGCUGCAGGACCGGCUGCUGGAGGAGGGGGAGCGCCAUCGCGAGGAGGUUGGAGCGCUGCAGAGCCACAUCGAGAAGAAUAUCAGGGACCAGAGUAGGGAGGGAGCCAACCUGGAGUACCUCAAAAACAUCAUCUACCGCUUCCUGACCUUGCCUGACACCUUGGGCCGCCAGCAGACGCUCACGGCCAUCCUGACUAUCUUGCAUUUCAGUCCAGAGGAGAAACAGGUGAUAAUGCGUCUCCCAACCAGUGGUAGCUGGUGGCCUUCUGGCAAGAGAUGA